CUGAAGGACAGGUCAGACUAGAUUUGGGUCUAAUUAAAUGACAUGAUACCUUGGGUUGAGUCUGACCUGAACCCAACAGGGCCUGUCCAUUGAGUAAGUCUAUUAGAGGAUGCUUAGAGUCAGAUACAUUUUGGAUGGCGUCACGUAAUAUGCUACCUAAGAAAAUUAUACAGAUAAGUGAGGGAUCAUAAACAAGUAGGGGCUUGCCCUGAUCCUCGUAUCCUCGUGGUCAACUUAGAUAUCCUCUAAGCCAAGCUUUUGUUGAAAUGAGCCGGUUCCCUACUGAUUAUAUUGUUGACCUAAAGUUCGCACCCAGUUUCCAUACCCACACGUAACAUCUCUAUUCCGCCGUGUCCAGAGCCAUUGUGUUUUCGCUGCAAGCAUCGUCCAUGGUAUCAUUUCGCCAUGUUUCCUUCCCUUUCUUCCUAUGCCUUCUCUUCCUCAUAUUCCUUUCCCCUCCCACUGCCGGCCAACCCUUCCAAAAUUGUGGCACUACCGGCAGCUACACAGUCAACAGCACCUAUGAGUCCAACCUCAACCUCGCCUCCAACACUUCUCUCUCCGGCGGCUUCCUCAACGCCACCGUCGGCCAGAUCCCCAACAAAAUCUACGGCCUCGCCAUGUGCCGCGGCGACACCAACGCCUCCGUCUGCCGCUCCUGCCUCAGCGACGCAAUCCAAGACGCCCCCCAGCUCUGCCCGUACGACAAGGGCGCCACCAUCUUCUACAACGACUGCCUCCUCCGCUACUCCAACCAGCGCUUCUUCUCCACCGUCGACACAUCGCAGUCGUGGAUCGAGUGGGACCUCAACAACGUGACCGACCGCAGCCGGUUCGACAAGCUUGUGGACGAGCUUAUGAGCGCGAUCACCGAUUGGGCCGUCUACAACUCGACGCGGUUGUUCGCCACCGGGGAGAUGAUGAAUUCUACCAAGACUCCUUUUCCUGAGAUAUAUUGGUUGGUGCAGUGCACACAGGACCUGUCGCGAAGCCGGUGCCAGCAGUGCCUCCAAAGCAUCCUUGAGCCGAGACCGCUAGAGGGGAGGCAGGAAGGAGUGGUGCUCGCAGCGAGCUGCAAUUUUAGGUAUGGGACAUCCAAGUUCUUCGACGGGCCAUCGACGGUAAGACUUGAGCAGCCGCAGGAGAAUGCCGCAGUGCCGGCCCCGGUAGUGCCUCCAAUUAUCAACCCACCUAAGGAACAAGGACAUGAAAAGAAUGCAGCAAGAACUCGCAUUAUCAUUUUCUCCCUUGUGAUAGUCACACUCAUGCUAGCAUGCUUUGUUUGCAUUUGCUUGCGGAGACAGAAGGCUAUGAAGAAAAGACACA